GUUUACUUUUUGGUUUUCGUGCAGUCACUAAAGUUUAGUGUAUUUAGUUUAUAGAUGUAAUCAUGUGAGUGAUAUUUUUAUCUACAUGGCUUCGUUGGAAGAAUUAGAAAUCGACACUGCUGAACCAAUAUUCGACAGUGUAUCAAUACCACAAGAAAUAAAACGUUUUCGAGCAAAGGAUAUCAGCUAUGAGAAGUUUUUUAGGUACUUUUUGCAAACCAAUACAGCUGUGAUACUCACAUCUAUAGCUAACACCUGGGAAUGCUAUCAACAAUGGGUUACUCGCGAUUGUACUGAAGUCGAUAAUGUAGACGUGAGUUACUUGAAGGCGCGCAUCGACAAUGUAUCUGUACCAGUGGCCGACUGUGGAAAACAACAUUAUAAUGCUCACGAAAAAACAGAGAUGAACUUCUUUGAUUUUUUGGACUAUUGGAAAAAUUGUGGACCUGAGAGAACUGGAUCGAAACUUUAUCUUAAAGACUGGCACUUAUGUAGGGAACUACCAGAGUAUAAAUUCUAUCAAACGCCAAUAUUUUUUGCGUCUGAUUGGUUAAAUGAAUUCUUGAUAGACCGGAACCUAGAUGACUAUAUGUUUGUUUACAUUGGCAUUAAGGACACAUGGACGUCUUUCCAUGCAGAUGUGUUUUCUUCCUUCAGCUGGUCAACAAAUAUAACCGGUGAAAAAAAGUGGUUACUUCUGCCCCCAGGAGAGGAGGUCAAAUUGAUGGAUGUACUUGGUAAUCUACCAUUUGAAAUAUCAGAAGAAUUACUUGAUUCGAAAGAAGUGCUAUAUUACACAGUAUAUCAAACAGCAGGAGAAGCCUUAUUUGUUCCUAGUGGAUGGUAUCAUCAAGUACAUAAUAUAAAAAAUUCAAUUUCAGUUAAUCAUAAUUGGUUUAAUGGAUGUAACGUCACUAAAAUAUGGCGCAGUUUGGAUAGGGCUUUAGAACAAGUAGUAAAAGAGAUAGAAGAUUGUAGGAGUAUGGAAAACUUUGAUGAGCACUGCCAGCUCAUGUUAAAAGCAUCACAUGGAAUGAACUACUAUGAUUUCACGGAAAUUAUAACCCAUGUGUGUAUGAAACGUUUAUGUGCAUAUGUAAAUGAAACAGAAGUGGUACACUUUGAUAGGUUCCGUCUAGGGAAAAAUCACAUUCGGUUUGAUAUAGAAUCAAUUCAAAAUAUUCUAAACUUGAUGCUUGUGAGAAGAAAUCUUCUCGAAAAAUUGCAACUGUUUUCAAAAUUAGAAAAAUGUACAAAGUUAAUAAACGAUACUUUUUGAUACUAUGCAAAAACAUUGAAUUCCAAAAUAUGGCUGGAUAUACUGUUCUUUGGAACUCGGUAGACACUUGUCUCGAGAAAAACUAGUCAGGAAGAGUAAUCACGUAUAGAAGAAAUUACUGUCAAUUGUUCUGUAGCUAUAACGAUUUCUAUGUGAGUUUGUAAAGAAUAAAUGAUAGCCAACGUAAGAGCCUUUCUCCGUUUUUCUAGAGAAAUAAAGCGUAUUGUAAAUAGGUAUGAAUUGAA